GAGUCUGGAGUUCACAGUGCUGCUACGAGAGGCCACCUGACAUUGUGACUGUGGCCACAGCAGCUCAGGCUGUUGAUGAGUCUAUGGAUUAGACUUGGUCUACACCUAAGUUAGGUCAGCACGUUGCCCUGUGGUUGGCCACACUCCUGCGUGACAUUGCCAUGGCAACCUAACCCGCACGGUGGAUGCAGCUGUGUUGACAGAAGAAGGCUUCCAUCGCUGAAGCGCCUGUCUGUCGGGGAAGUGGUGGGCUACACUAAAGGAAAUCCCAUUUCUGUUGGUGUGGGCUGUGUCUAUACCACAGCGUUAUACUGGCCUAUACAGUGACAGAGCUAUGUCGGUACAGCCCCCCUGUACUGUACAUGUACCCAUAGGGUUAGACUCCCAUUAGGAUUCUUUUAAGCAUGUUGAGCUUGAAUGAUUGGAACGGGGGUGCAGGAAGGUUCAUAGAAUAUCAGGGUUGGCAGGGAUCUCAGGAGCUCAGCUAGUCCAACCCCCGGCUCAAAGCAGGACCAAUUCCCAACUAAAUCAUACAGCAUCAUAGAAUAGCAGAUAGAAUCAUAGAAUAUCAGGGUUAAACUGGAGCCACGUCUCCUGCUACGCUGAGUGGGAAAUCGAGGCCUUGGGCCUAACUCUUUAGAGUGUACGCAGCUAAUCAUCCGAGGGCCCUGGAGCGCACUGUCAAUGCCUUUUAAACAGGGUUCUCCCUUCUUUGCAGAAUAUGGUCCCGAGAAGAACGCAGCAGGUGGGGGCGGGGCCGUCCACGGAGCAAGCCUACAUCUCCGAGGUGGUUCUGCUGGGGAGCGCGGCCGUGGGAAAGUCAAGCACAGCCUUCCGCCGUGUGAAAAACGACGUCAGGGAAUCCGUGCCCACUGUGGGAUGUUCUUUCUUCACCCAGCUGGUAUGUUUAGAGACUGCCACGGUCAAGCUUGUGAUCUGGGACACUGCAGGACAGGAGAAGUACCAUGGUGUUUGCCAUCUUUAUUACAGGGGGGCGAAUGCUGCCCUUCUUGUAUUUGACAUAGCCAGAAAGGCAACUUUUGCGAGAGCAAAGCUAUGGUUGAGGAAAUUAGAGAAGGAAUUUCUUCCCGAUGAGCUCGUGAUAGUUUUAGUCGGCAAUAAGAUAGAUCUUGCUGCUCAGCGGGAAUUCACCUUUGAGGAGGCGGAGGAGUUUGCAAAGAGUGAAAGCUUAACCUACAUGGAAACGUCGGCAAAAUCCAACCACCAAGUGACCGAGGUGCUUGUGGCCAUAGGUCAGUUCCAAGUGAGAAGCCGCUGGACAGGUAACAGCACUGGAGAGGUCUGUGCCAGCUCUCUGCCUUGUGAGCGAUAGCACUGCACCGCUUGUCUCCUCCCAGUUGCUCAGGGGCAAUUAGGGUUGAGUCACUUGACCUGAAGAGGUCCAGGAACUGGAAAGUCUUUACUGUGACUGCAGCAGUGCCUUGCCUCUAGGCCUAGACAAGAGGUGACGGGUACACUCUGGCCUGUCAAGCCUCACAGCUGCCAAGAGCGAGCGAGAGAGAUCCAGAGCAGUGGCUUCCCCAUUGCAAACACAGACAGGCUGCCCCCCUGCUGCCCCCCUCCCCAACUUCUGAGACAAGCAAACUUCUGGAGUGGUUCUGCCUUUGCCGCCGGGGUGAGGGUGGAACCUGCUGAGCGCUGAAUGGGGAGGAGGUUCACCCCCCCUUUGGAACACCAGUCACUGGCCCUAGCAAUGGGGAAGUGGGAAUUUCUCCCCACUCCCCAGAUUCCUCACUGUCACUCCCAGAGGAUCUCUUCUCUCCGAGACCCAUUCCCCUUGGCCCCAGUUAUGAUCCCCAGACAAACCAAGCCAUGUUGCCUUCAUCCCCCAGGCCAGAGAUCAGAGGCCUCACCCAGGCUGGAAAACAAGAUCCCUGCAUCCUUCUUCCUUAGGGGGUAGAAUAAAGCCCUCGAACCGGCUAGGACAGUGGCUCUCAACCUUUCCAGAUCACUGUCCCCCUUUCAGGAGCCUGAUUUGUCUUGCGUACCCCAAGUUUCACCUCGCUUAAAAACUACUUGCUUGCAAAAUCAAAUCUACAGCUGUGUCGCAGCACACGACUACUAAAAACUGCUUACUUUCUCUUUUACCAUCAUUAAUUAGAAUAUAAAUAUUGUACUUACAUUUCAGUGUAUAGUGCACAGAGCAGCAUAAACAAGUC